AUGCAAGAACCUCCAUCAACUCCAAAAUCUCUUGAACAACAACUGGCUGAAGCUCUCCAAGAAAUUGCUAACCUUCAACAACAACAACAGCAAUCCCAACAACAAUUCCAACAACAAAUUCAACAGCUUCAGCAACAAAUUCAACAGCUUCAGCAGCAGAUCCAACAACUCCAACAAGCCGUGCCACCACAACAACCAUCCCCACCACUCGAACAACAACAACAACCAGAACCACAGGUCUCACAACAACAAUCAUCACCACCAGUCCAUCAACAACAAAUCGUAGCACAACCACAACAAGUUCCACAAAACGAACAAUUACAACUAGUAGGAGCGGCAGCACGUAUGCGAAGACGACUUCGACGUCUUGUUCGAGCACCACAUCGACGUGUCCGGCGAUUGCCAUCUGAAAGUGAAUAG